GAGCACUAUAUAAUUAUCCCAAGUCCUCACCUCCCGCCAUAUUCUACAUUUUUCUUUUUCAUUGAAGUUUUUGAAAUACAGACGAGUUCAGAGUGUUCUCUCUCUCUCUCUUCUUAGAAUUCCUUGAGUUGUCUGCAACAAUGGUCGUCGCUCAGAGAGUGAAGGAAGCAGAAAUCACCGAACAGGAUUCGCUUCUUCUGACAAGGAACCUGCUCCGGAUAGCUAUAUUCAAUAUCAGCUACAUCAGAGGACUUUUUCCAGAAAAGUAUUUCAACGAUAAGUCUGUUCCUGCUUUAGAUAUAAAGAUAAAAAAGCUUAUGCCAAUGGAUGCGGAGUCUCGGAGACUUAUUGAUUGGAUGGAAAAAGGUGUAUAUGAUGCAGUACAGAAGAAAUACCUGAAGACGCUGCUGUUCUGCGUGUGUGAAGCAGUAGACGGGCCGAUGAUUGAGGAAUAUGCAUUUUCCUUCAGUUACUCAGGAUCUGAUAGCCAGGAGGUCUUGAUGAAUAUCAAUCGGAGUGGAAACAAGAAGCAAGGAGGAACAUUCAAAUGCAAUUCUACUGAAGAGAUUACUCCAAACCAGAUGAGGAGCUCUGCUUGUAAAAUGGUCCGGACGCUGGUUCAACUCAUGAGAACUCUGGACAAGAUGCCUGAAGAACGAAUCAUACUUAUGAAGUUACUUUACUACGAUGAUGUGACGCCAGCCGAUUACGAGCCUCCAUUCUUCAGGGGCUGCACAGAGGAGGAAGCUCACAAUGCAUGGACCAAAAGUCCUUUGAAAAUGGAGGUUGGGAACGUAAACAGCAAGCAUUUUGUGCUAGCUCUUAAGGUGAAAAGUGUUCUUGAUCCAUGCGAGGAUGAAAAUGAAGAUGAUGAAGUCAGUUUAGGAGCUGAUUCUUUGCAGAGGGGCGAGUAUUCCGAUUCUGAUAGUGAGGAUAACCAUUCACAAGAAAAUCAAUAUGUAGUUGUGCCAGUAGAGAACCCACAGGACCAAGAUAAUGCCAUGGUUGAUUCAGAUGAUACGCAGGACCCCAUGGAAGAUGAACAACAAUUUACCCGAGUGAAGGACUGGAUCCAUUGCCGUCACCUUGACACAGUUGAACUUACCGAUGUUUUAUCAAAUUUUCCGGACAUCUCAGUGGUUCUGACCGAAGAAAUUAUGGAUAAGCUUGUUAAAGAAGGUUUCCUAUCUAAAACAGGAAGUGACAUUUAUGCUAUCAACAAGAAGAAGAAAUUUGACUUUGAAUUCAAUUUGGUCAAACAAGAAAUGGAUGGACAAGUUGGUGAUAAACCCGCGCAGGGCGAAGAUUUGAUGUACAUGAAGGCUCUGUACCAUGCUCUUCCUAUGACCUAUGUGACGGUUCCAAAACUUCAAAAUAAGCUUGAAGCAAGUCCGACUACUGUACGGAAGAUGAUUGAUAAAAUGACAAAAGAUGGUUUUGUUGAAGCAAAAGGCAACCGAAGGCUUGGUAAACGUGUGAUCCAUUCUGACAUGACAGAGAAAAAGUUAACUGAAGUCAGGAAAGCCUUGAAUAAUGAUGCCAUGGAUGUGGAUACCAACAAUGAAGCACAAAACAAGUCAAGUCUCGUUACUAGCCAUACUAAGGGUAGCAACCACAGGGACAUUUCCACAUGUGGUCUCCUCCACUCUAUUGGCUCAGAUCUCACAAGAAUGAAAGUGAGAUCCGAUACAAAUCAGAAUGGCUCAACCAGGAGCGAACAAACCAUUUCAAAGGGAAAAGAGCCUGGAAAUACUCCCAUAAGCAGGGCCGAGGCAAUGGCUUCUCGAGAGAGUUUUGCAGCAGGGAAUGAGAAGAACAAAGCAAUUGGGAACACAAAUCGCUGUGAUGGGAUUUUAUGUAGUAGAGCGAGCCAGGACAAAAGAACCAGAAAAACUAGCACAGUCAAGGAGCCUAUCCUCCAGGACUUAAAGCGCCAGAAAUCUCAAGCUGUCUAAAAGGUUUUCGGUGUCGUCGUCACAGUACGUGAACACUUUCACUCCACUGAUCUCUCAUUCUUGCUUUCCGCCUACGUUUGUGGAAAUUAAAGGGUUAUUUUCUGAAUGUAGCUAAAAGAAAGGCAUGUGCUUGCGCUGUAGGAUUGUAUGCAUACGUGGAUAACAUUUCACAUUUAUUUGUCUAAUGGAUGGUAAACAAUGAGUUUAUGGUAGGCCUAGGUCACAGUGAUUGCUUUACUGUUUUGAGAAUCUUAUUGGUUUAUAUUUUGGAGAGAUUCCCUGCUUAUUGGUACA